AGUGGCAAGCAGCCAAGAAAAUAGUUUCCAAUCGCGCAAAAGGGAUUCCCCCGAGGGUUAGCAACCGGUUCGCACAACUGCCUUUGAAGGUACGUGGCGCGUGCCGUAUACAACACUCGCUUCCAAACAGUCAACCGGUGCGCACGUGUUUUCGGUUUUGCCUCAACAUUCCAAGGGCCUUGGCCCUGUGUCUAUCCAGCGGACUACCUGCGCCAGGUUGAGCCUACGGACUAUCGUAUCAUCUGCUGCUGCUUUUGCUGCCACCAUUCUACCGACGGGACGGUAGAAAAAUCCAUUAUUGUACCGCCCUAGGCCAGCUUUCCUUCAGGAAGGGCAUGCAACGAACUCUAAAGCUAGCGCCUCGACCAGAGUGCACUUUCUAAAAAUACACAUCAGCACCGAAACCCCCAUCGCCGGGAUCAACCGUCCCUCCGCUGCGCGUCCUUGAGAUAAAAUCGAAGAUUAGCAUCACCACAGCUCGCUCCGGAGCAUAAUGUUGGCGUAAUAAACGGCGACAAGACUGGCCCAGUUUGGGCGGAUCUAGUGCCGGGGGGUGGAUGAAAUAAAUCAAUAGCUGCAUUUCAAUAUUAAUAAGCCGCUUUUGUCUGCGCUGCUGCGGUACCUCCGAGAGGAAACCGAUUCGAGGGAAAAUAAUUUUAUAUGCGCCGCAACGUGAGGUAGCUUUCGAGCACGUGAAAACACACACGGUAGAGGAUGCUGCUCUGAUGGAGACGAUACUGUUGGAAGCGAGUAUUUACAUCCAACGAGGGUAAUUGGCAACGAAGGAAAACGGAGCCAAGAAAGUCUUGCUAGAAUACGAUCGAUCGAAUGCAAGCCGUACGAAACCAAGAAGGAAAAGAAGCUCACCAGGUCAUACAGUUGGAGGAAGCGAUCCGUUUUAUGGAACCGUUGCAGAUAUAGAGAGAAAUAAAAACGUUUCUAAUGAAAUGUAACAUGACAAUAAGUCCAGUACCUUACUAUCACUUUUAAUAUUACUGUUACCAAAAUACGUGAGAUUGCUCAGAGAAGGAGAGAAAUUUUAAACAAACGCUCUGUCAACAGACGGAAAAUCAACGGAAAGAACUCUGGAAACACUUUUAAAAGAAACUUUCCCGGCAAACUAUACCAUAACUCCCGGAGAGUUCGGAGAAGUCGAAGGAAAAAAAGGAGGAAAUAAAAUAAACGGCAUGAAAAAGUGGUAAACUUUUCCCCUUUUCUCAAGAGCGUUUACAAGGAAAAGAAUAAACCAAACAAUACAAAGCGUGUCGUCGUCGCCCUGACUUACUGACACAGUACCGACGAGGUAUCAUCAUCAACAUCAUCAUCAUUGUCACGUGUCGAAAUGGAUCUGAAACAUUCCAACGUGCCGGAAGUGACGGUCGUAGCCGACGCUUACAUGCCCGGCAGCAAGUCAUCGGAUUUGAUCAAACCACCGGCAACGAAUGGGUCGAGUGCGACACUCGACAAGCCAGCGCUGGCACCCGGUGAGUUCCGGGUUUACAAACGGCGCUGGUUGGUGCUGGCCAUCUUCGUAAUGUAUUCCGCCUCGAAUGCACUCCAGUGGAUCCAGUACAGUAUCAUCGCGAACAUCGUCCAACGCUACUACGACAUCACGAGCACCUGGGUCGACUGGACGUCGAUGAUUUUCAUGAUCCUCUACAUUCCGCUCAUCUUUCCGGCCAGCUGGAUUCUGGAUAAAUUGGGUCUCCGAAUUGCGGCCAUCAGUGGCGUCCUGGGAACGUGCCUCGGAGCCUGGGUCAAGUGUUUCUCCGUAAGCCCGGAGCUGUUCUGGGUCGGCUUUGUCGGUCAGUCGAUAGUGGCCGCCUCGCAGGUGUUCAUUCUAUCGCUUCCGGCGAAGGUAGCAGCCGUUUGGUUCGGACCGGAUCAAGUCUCGUCGGCGUGCAGUAUCGGAGUGUUUGGAAAUCAGCUUGGCAUAGCGGUCGGCUUUCUGGUGCCGCCGAUGCUGGUGGAAAACCAUGACGACAUCAGUCUCAUCGGGAACGAUCUUCGGCUGAUGUUCUACAUCGUGGCCGGCUUCACGACCGUGCUCGUCGUUCUGGUGUUGUUCUUCUUUAAGGCGGCCCCACCGACUCCACCGUCGGCCGCCCAGGAAGCCACGAAAACGCCCAACCCGCUGCAAUCGUCACCGUUCCUGCACUCGAUCAAGCGGCUCAUGCUUAACCGGAACUACGUGCUGCUGCUCAUCUCGUACGGCAUGAACGUUGGCGUGUUCUACGCCAUCUCGACGUUGCUGAAUCAGAUCGUCCUUACGCACUACCCGGGACACGAGGUAGAUGCAGGCCGGAUUGGUGUUUGCAUCGUGUUUGCCGGAAUGCUCGGUUCGGUCGCCUGCGGCGUCGUGCUGGACAAGACGCAUCGUUUCAAAGAAACUACGCUAGCCGUGUACAUAUUCACCAUGAUAGGCAUGUGGAUCUACACCUUCACCUUAUCCGUCGGUCACAUUGCGGUGGUGUACGUCACCUCCGCCCUGUUGGGCUUCUUCAUGACCGGCUACCUUCCCGUUGGGUUCGAGUUUGCGGCCGAGCUGACAUACCCGGAGCCGGAAGGUACAUCGACCGGGCUGCUCAAUGCGGCCGCUCAAGUGUUCGGCAUCACCUUCACCAUGCUCUACUCGGAGCUGCUCAACACGAACGGGGACAUCGUGGCCAACGUGACGAUGGCUGUGAUGCUGCUCGUCGGUUCCGUCGUGACCGCCGUCAUCCGGUCGGACCUGCGGCGCCAGGCGGCACAGAACCCGCAAAAUCCGUAAGCUGAAAGCGUCCCACGAACGGCGGGUCACUCGAAAGUUAAGUCAAACGUCUAGCCGAAGUUGUUUUGUUAUCUCUAGUAGCGUCUCAACCGGGAAUUGGUAUUUUAGGAGUAGUUUAUUAUCGUUUUACUAUUAUUUGUUGAUUUGCUUUAAUUGAAUUUAAUUGUUAAAAUGAUUUUACAUAAUCAAUAGGUUUGAUCGUCAGACUCGUAAAGUUACUUCUCUAAUGAUCAAACUUGUCGAAAAGUUGAAACCGGGAAAAGAUUAUUCUUUACACCAUUACGUAGACUUCUUUUUCUAGAUUAUAAGCUACCAUUCGAGUUGUUAGAUUUGUUAACCAAUUUAAAAAGAAAACACUUUUAUCGAAACAACAAAAAACGCUACUAAUGAUGGAUCAUAAGCAGCUAUAAACUCGUGCUACUGCUUAUGCGGAAAACUGAUCACGUUUGUUGAUGAUUUUAUCUGAGAGAUUUGAAACAUUGUCGAAACAAAAGAGAAAAGCAUCAAAAUGAAAUGAUUUCACGGAAUUUCACAUUCAUGGUUCUCAUUUUCCGCUCUCUGGAACAUUGAAAAUCAUGUGGCGAUGUGAAUCCGAGAAAAACUUUCCUUCAGAAAUCCCACACCGUACGCAGCAAGGGUCACAACAACACAAAAGAAAAGAAAAAAAACCCCAGUAACGAUAAGAAAAGCUCGUUUCUGGGGACGAAAGAUUAAGAAAAAUUGGUAACAAAAAGAGAGCAGCAAACUGAAAGCUGGCAACCUCUGCACAGCAGUGGCGUCAAUUAGAAACUCAGCCGGGUUUUCCGGGUAAGCGUUGGCCAUCGUUGGAGUGACCAAAACGGACGUUUUAGAUUCUUCACUCGGUUUUUGCUCGUUUUGAAGACUGGGGUACUACAAAAAAAAAGUCCAAAAACUCCCAGAAACAUUCCCGUUCCGCAAGAAAGUUCUCUCACCCGAUGGACGGGGGAUGAUUUGGC